AUGGCUCUGCCUGGGGUUCUGUCUGUGGAUAUGAUUGUGGCUCUGGAUAUGGUUGUGGAUAUGGCUCUGGCUUGUGGCUAUGGUUAUGGAUAUGGCUCUGGCUGUGGCUAUGGUUAUGGAUAUGGCUCUGGCUGUGGAUGUGGCUGUGGAUAUGGCUCUGGAUCUUGCUAUGGCUGUGGAUAUGGCUCUGGCUGUGGCUAUGGUUGUGGAUAUGUUUCUGGCUGUGGAUAUGGCUCUGGCUGUCAAUACGGCUCUGGAUAUGGAACUGGCUGUGGGUAUGGUUGUGGAUAUGGCUCUGGCUGUGGCUAUGGCUGUGGAUAUGGCUCUGGCUCUGGCUAUGGCUGUGGAUAUGGCUCUGGCUCUGGCUAUGGCUGUGGAUAUGGAACUGGCUGUGGCUAUGGUUAUGGAUAUGGCUCUGGCUGUGGCUAUGGUUAUGGAUAUGGCUCUGGCUCUGGCUAUGGCUGUGGAUAUGGAACUGGCUGUGGCUAUGGUUGUGGAUAUCGACCAUUUUGCUACAGAAGAUGCUAUUCCUCUUGCUGCUAA